CGGCUUCUCUCUCUCCCCACUCUCUCUCCGAGCUCCAGGAUUCCAUUUAAUCCGUCCAUCUCUCUCCUCAAGCCCUACAAAGUACACCGCCAUCCUCUUCCAGCCGCCAGCUCCCCCUUCUCCCCCCUGAUGGCCUUCUCCUAGCUAGGGUCAUCUGCUCCUGCUUCCUCUCUGUCUCUCUCUCCCCCCCCCUCCUGAAAUCACAGAUGAAGCACAUCAAAAGGCCAUAAAAUAGUGUGUGUGAUCUCCCACACGCACACACAAACACAAGCUCCGCUACCCCGCCUUCCAUCCAUCAACCCGUCUUCUCUCUCAUCAUAUCAUAUGAGCAAGGAUUCUUUCCAACCUACAAUCUUCUUUCCCUGAUAGCUAGCCAGCCAGCCAGCUCUUUCUUGGACUCUCUCUCUCUACCACCACACCUAACCUUCUCGGAGCUAGACCCACAGCAAGAGAGAAGACGCUGGAGACAUCAAAUCCGUUCCUCCACUCUCUUCCAAACAACUAAACCGCUCCAUUUACGCGGCCGGCUAGAAAACAUACACGCCAAGAUACAUACUUCUGUCGAUGUGUAUAUAUACCAUGGCUUAAUUGACCAUGGACGUCGCCGGUGACGGCGGAGGCGGCCGCCGCCCCAACUUUCCCCUGCAGCUCCUUGAGAAGAAAGAGGAGCAGCCGUGCUCCAGCUCGGCUGCGGUGGGCACGUCGGCGGGAGGCAACGGGAAUGGAUCGGGGGCCGGAGGAGAGAUGCAGGUGCGGAAGGCGGCGCCCAAGCGGAGCUCCACCAAGGACCGGCACACCAAGGUGGAAGGCAGGGGGCGCCGCAUCCGGAUGCCAGCGCUGUGUGCGGCCCGGGUGUUCCAGCUGACGCGAGAGCUCGGGCACAAGACGGACGGCGAGACCAUCGAGUGGCUGCUGCAGCAGGCCGAGCCGGCGGUGAUCGCGGCCACAGGCACCGGUACCAUCCCGGCCAACUUCACCUCCCUCAACAUCUCCCUCCGCUCCUCGGGCUCCUCGUUCUCGGCGCCGGCCCACCUCCGCGCCGCCUUGCCUAGCCCCGCCGCCGCCGCACGGUUCGGCCGUGCUGACGCGUGGGACCGGGUUGUCGGCCUUGGCUUCCCUUCGGAAGGCCCGGCCUCGUCGUCGUCGUCGCCGUCCCCCUUGUUGCUUAACUUCCACUCCGGCAGCGUCGGCCUUGACGUGCAGCCGUCGCCGUCUGCCGCCACCGCAGCCGCCGAUAUGUCUAGGAAGAGGCGGUGGGAACAAGAAAUGCAGCAACAGCAGCAGCAACAACAACAGCAGCAGGCGCAGCAAUAUCAGCAGCAGAUGGCGGGGUACACGCAGAGCCAAAUGCCGGGCACCGUGUGGAUGGUGCCGAGCAACAACACGCAGGGCGGUGGUGCACCUUCCAGCGGUGGCAGUGGCGGAGGCAGCGGCGAGUCUAUCUGGACGUUCCCGCAGAUGGGCAGCGCCGCCGCCGCGGCUGCCGUGUACCGGGGCAGCGUGCCGAGCGGGCUACAUUUCAUGAACUUCCCUGCACCGGUGGCGCUGCUUCCAGGGCAGCAACUGGGGCUCGGCCCCACCGUGGGAGGCAGCGGCGGCGGAGGAGGCGGCGCCGAGGGGCACAUGGGGAUCCUCGCCGCCCUCAAUGCGUACCGGACACAGGCGGCAACGGAUCCCGCGGCCAGCCAGGGCGGAGGAGGAGGUGCAGGAGGCGGGUCUGGCCAGCAGCAGCAGCAGCACGGUGGCGGCCGCGGCGACCGGCAUGAGAGCAUGAGCACCAGCGACUCGUAGCCGACGGGAGGCCGGUCUCCGAGGAUCGCAUGCAUCGCGCGCUCUGGUGUGGCUUUGAUCUGUUCUUUGUCUUGGUUUCAUUUUUUUUUUCCUUCCUUUUUGUGGUUUCCUUCAUACCUCUCUCAUCCGAGCUAGAGUCACACCCUUGCGAGGAUUACACUUACUUAGCUGCACUCCAUGGCAUGCGGUAGGAUCACCAUUUACGUGAGCUGUGUGCUGCUUGUGGCCUGUGAGUGAGCGAGCGAGGGUGUGUCUCUCUCAUGGGAAGAGGAGGAAGGAAACUCAGCAUUCAGCAGCAGCAGAGAGAGAGAUUGUUCAUUUUGUUCUUUAGUUUUAGGGUUUGCAUUGAUCAAGUGCGAGCAGAAGAGAUUUUUAUCAAGCAUGGCAUCAUUCAUCUGCCGUGACGUACGGUUCAAAAAAUUUUCAUCCAAGCAACAUUAUUCAAGUAGUUCGAUCAGAGCACA